UAAACCGGGAGCCCCAUGUUCACUUACUGUCUGACAGCAAAGAGAGUAGGCUCCCUUAGAUUGAAUGUUGACAACAUGGAAGAAGUCUGGAAACUUGCGGCGGAGUUUCAAGCGCUUCAAUUGUCUACUGCUAAGCAAAAAUUGUCUGAGAGAAAUGUGAUUGAGCUUGUUUCAAAGCUGGUCGACUUCCGGCUCAUAGAUGUCUUGUACACAGCUGACGGGAAAACUUACCUGACACAUCAGCAGUUGGGAAAGGAGAUCAAAGAUGAAUUGAUCAUCCGUGGUGGUCGCAUCAACCUGGUGGAGUUGCAGCAGCUGCUGAAUGUAGACUACAGCCACAUUGAGGCCAAGGUCAAUGACAUGGUCAAGCAUGACCAUCACCUGGUCUUGGUCCUGGGUCAGCUCAUUGACAGCUCGUACCGCACGCGGUUAUCAGAGGAGAUUAAUGACCUUCUGCAGGAGAAAGGUCAUGUGACCAUAAUUGAAUUGACGAAGACUCACGAUUUACCUGCAGAGUUUCUCCGAGAGGUGAUUGAGGAGAAUCUUGGAAAGAAGAUAAAGGGCCAGAUCGACAGCUAUGACAGGGAUGUCGUCUUCACCGAGGUCUUUGUGAGGAGAAAGAGAGCUGAAAUCCGUGGAGCCUUAUCCGCUGUGACAGUGCCCACUACCUUGGGACCAGUGAGGCAAGCUGUAGGCUGUCAGGAGCAUCUUUUCCACACUAUCCUGGAAGAGUUGCUUUCUAGUGGUCGGCUGGCAGGUGGUGUUAUGGGCAGUAGACAAGACAAGUCACAGUUCCUCCCAGAUAUCUACACCCGAGCACAGCACGAAUGGGUCGACUCCUUUUACAGACAGAAUGGUUAUCUAGAUUACGACGCAAUCGCCCGCCUGGGUAUCUCAGACCCAAAGAGCUAUGUGAAGAAACGGUUCAAGUCGGAGACAAUGGUGUUCCUGUCAUCCUGCUGUGUGGGUCCCGCCAUCUCAGAGCAGGUUCAGUACAGUUUGGACGAGGCUCUUGGUCUGGGCACGUAUGUGGAUGUGGCGUCGGUCCUGCCUUCAGUCCUGAGCAGGAAAGAUGUGUCAGAGCUGGUGACCAGCUGCCUCAAGUCAAGGUCCGGUGCCAUCGUGUGUGACAUGACCAUUGUGGCCAGCGAGUCACUAGUGGCUGACAGCGCUCUGCUCUUCUCUGACAUCAUGGCCCAGAAAGCAGAGAAGACCGUCUUGUCUCACCCGACCUUGAUCUCAGGGGAGGCAACAGGUGGUGCAGGAGACAAAUCCAACUCACACAAAGUAGCAGGUAUUGACGACGGAAGCUCGGCUCGGGAGGACAAGAAGGAACAGCGCAGGAAAAAGGCAGCAAGUGCUGGAACCACCAAGAAGGAAGGGACCGGGGGUCGUGAGGUCAAGAUGAAGUCCACCAAGAAGAAAGGUCGAGGUCGGGACAUUGACGACGGGUCGGAUGAGGACAUGGCUGCACCUGCUCAAGGCAGCAAAGGAAAGCAGCAGGAGUUACAGUUCCUGAGUGUAGCAGAAAUUACCAAGGUUCUGAGGGAGCAGGAAAGACUGAAGGACUGUCCGGAGGAGUUGUUGACGGAGGUUGCCUCACGGUUACACAGACCUCUCCAGAAACAGUACCAGGAAGUUGCUAAAUCCAUCUUUUUGAAGACGUCUGGAGCGGAGAAGAAGAAAACAGCUGGAGAAAUACAAGACAAGGUCAACGGCCUGUGGACCAAUGCCAGGCUAUUUGAGAAAGGACUCAAAUUGUUUGAAGAACCAGCACAAGGACAGCUGACCAAGCACUUGCUGAAGACUGUGGGUUCAGAUCUGGCCAACACUGUGGUCGUUGCCCUGGCCAGCGACAGUUUGCUCAAUGUGGCAAACAACGAAGAGGAGCAACUCACACCGGAGGCUCGGCUUCGACUGAUCGGACAAUUGCCCAAAGAGCUGCAGGAGGCGUUGAGUCGUCUGCACGGUCUGCUCAGCGGCCAGAGCCUGGAGGAUUUCUUCUCUCAGCUCGAGACGCUCUGCGGGCCCGCCCACUUGGGCAUCCUGCUGAAAAAACCUGACAAGAGAAAAGAAAGACAGCUGGUUUUCCAUCAUCGCCAAAGUCUGUCGGAGCAGCUGCGGGAGGAGACUGACCCCGCAAUGACCCUUCACCUCUGUGUGGUCGUCUUGUUCCAGACGGUGACCCAAUGCAUGCUUCACGCCCCGGGCCGCCUGGUCCCAACCAUCUUGCAGUUCCUGACCACACAUUUAGAGGCCGACAAACUAGAGGUUUUGACCCAGAUGCAAGACCUCGUAGUCCGACAUGCCAAGCUGAAGGCCGAUCCCGACGGAGAAAAUCUGCCCGAGUUCAAAGACGUGGCCAACUCCAUGACUGUUUUGUUAGGCAAGGUCAAGGACAUUGCCCUGAACACAAAGAAAACCACAAGCACAGCCGAUGAUUGAUGCGAUGAUAGUGCCCGAUUUAUAUGUCGUUGUCCAACAGGGAUUUAUUAUGGAAAGUUUAUGAUGUGACAAAACUGUCAAAUGAUACUUAGUGAUAAGGCAUUAUAACAGUUGUGCAAACAUGUGGAUACAUAGGCAGUUUUAUCAGAGGUCAAAAUGUUCUUAUCAGACAAAAAGAUAAAGAUUCUGCUUGUGUUGGUUUUGAAACUGAUCAAAACAGGGUUUUUUUAAUUUCACCAUGUAAUGGUAGGUUUUAAAAAAAUUGUUUUAUGGAAUAA